AUGGAAGAUACAGAUGAGAAGGAGCUUUUGAAUCUCAGCCUGGCAAUUGUGACAGAUCCUGGGGGCGAAAAGAAUAAUAGAAAAAGGAAGAGAUUUGUUAAUGUUUGCAAGGAUUUGAACCCGUCGUAUGAAGGUUCUGAAGGGAAGAUAUUCAAGCUUCUCCAAGUGAGGGAAGAGAUGUUAAAGCUCGAUCACAAGAGAAAAGGUGUGGUUGAAGAUGGGAAGGGCCUUCAUUUGAUCCAUUUGCUGCUCAUCACUGUCACUUCAGUUGAUGAGAAUAAUAAUGAAAACUCAGCCUUGGAGAAUCUCAUCCAACUGUAUCAAAAUGUGUCAUUGAUGGGAGAUUCGGUGCAACGAGUUGUUGCUUAUUUCGCUGAUGGCUUGGCCGCAAGGCUUCUCACUCGAAAAUCCCCUUUCUAUGACAUGAUCAUGAAGGAACCUACUACUGAAGAAGAGUUUUUAGCUUUCACUUGUCUUUACAGGGUGUCUCCUUAUUACCAGUUUGCUCAUUUCACAGCUAACCAAGCUAUAAUUGAAGCCUUUGAGAAAGAGGAAGAGAUAAAUAAUGGAGCAUUGCAUGUUAUUGACUUUGAUGUCUCUUAUGGCUUUCAAUGGCCUUCUCUCAUUCAAUCUCUUUCCGAAAAGGCAUCUAGUGGCAACCGGAUGUCCCUUCGUCUUACAGGCUAUGGGAGAAGCUUGGACGAACUACAAGAAACUGAGGCUAGAUUAGUGAGCUUUGCCAAAGGGUUUCGCAAUCUGGUCUUUGAAUUUCAAGGGUUGUUGAGAGGAUCCAAGGUGAAUAACCUGAGGAAAAAAAAAAAUGAAACAGUUGCUGUGAAUCUAGUUUUUCAUUUGAAUACUUUGAACAACUUUCUCAGAAUAUCUGACACAUUGAAAUCAGUACACUCACUUAGGCCUUCCAUUGUUAUCUUGGUGGAGCAAGAAGGUAGUCGAAGCCCAAGAAGCUUCUUAUCAAGAUUUAUGGAAUCUUUACAUUAUUUUGCGGCCAUGUUUGAUUCAUUGGAUGAUUGCCUCCCACUGGAGAGUGCCGAGAGGCUAAGCAUUGAGAAAAAUCAUCUUGGGAAACAGAUCAAAAGCAUGAUUAAUUGCUGUGACAAGGAAGAUCAGGAGAACAAGAAGUCAUCAUGUCCAAGGUAUGAAAAGAUGGAAACAUGGAAAAGCAGGAUGGAGAGUAAUGGAUUUGAAGGGAUGAAACUGAGUUCCAAGUGUUUGAUACAGGCUAAACUUCUGUUGAAAAUAAGGACUCAUUACUGCCGUCUUCAAUGUGAAGGAGAGAAUAAUGGUGGGUUUAGAGUUUUUGAAAGAGAUGAAGGAAAGGCUCUUUCUUUAGGGUGGCAAGAUAGGUGCUUGCUUACAGCCUCUGCAUGGCAAUGUGUAUGA